UCACUUCCCACGCGCGCGAUAUCAUGCUAACUGCAGCUAACUGACCAACUGACAACAGCAAACUAUGCGGGACGUUUAGAGUUUGUUAAAAAAAAAAAAUACUGACAGGAAAGCUGCACUUACCCUACGAAAGUUGCAGUGUUGUGUCCCCGCUGUAGAAAGGACGCGGUGUCCUCGACGGGUCCCUUCAGAUGCAGCUGAAACCGCGCGGAAAAAGCUGCUCGGUUGUUGACAUCCAUGACGAGCACGGAUGUUAGUGUGUCAGCAGCUAGCGUUACUUUUUUCACGGAAGUUUUCCUCUGGUAUGCAUUUAGAGCCUUAGCUCGCUCUGAUUCGGCACCGAGCCGGACUCCAGUCUUCAUUUAACGGGUUACGAUGAAGCUGCAGUGCGAUGUCGAGGUGGUGAAUCGGAUGCUCCCCACGUUUGGUAUGAAAAGUCGAGGGAAAGGGACGAGGGCGGUGCUGUCCAUCGGGAGGCAUUUGGACAAGACGAGCCAACGCAGCAACAUCUACAUGAUGAUCUGCACAGCGAAAGACAGAGCAGGAUCCAAGUACAAGCUAAAAGACAACAUAGAGAAGUUCUUCACAUGGUUUGUGGAGGAAGGCAAGGCCACAGUGAGAUUAAAGGAACCUGCUGUUGACAUUUGUUUGAGCAAGGCUGAUGCAAACAGCUUGAAGAACUUCCUCUCGGCCGCUCGUUUGGCGGACAGAGGGAGUGACACAAGCAGCCUGCCUCUCUCCACGCUCACCCCCGUUCGCGCCAGGGACGUGGAGCAACCCAAGAAGAAGCUCACCAUCGUCUCCAAGAAGGACUACCCCCUCACCUCCAACUUCCCCUACUCUCUGGAGCAGCUGCAGGUCUCCUACUGCAAACUGUCACGUGUGGACAUGCGGAUGCUGUCGCUCAAAGCUCUCCGAAAACUAGACCUCAGCAACAACCAUAUCAAGAAACUUCCCGCCACCAUUGGUGACCUCAGCUGCCUCUCUGAACUCAUCCUCCACAACAACCACCUGGAAGCCUUCAGCGAGGCCCUGUGCCUCUCCACCCUGCAGCGGACCCUCCAGCUCCUGGACCUCAGCCAGAACCGACUGCAGUCCCUCCCCGCUCAGUUCUGCCAGCUUAGGGAACUGUCAAACCUCAAGCUGGACGACAACGAGCUUGUCUGUUUGCCAUUCCACAUUGGCCGGCUCUCGAAGCUGAGGUUCCUGUCAGCGGCGCACAACCAGCUGGCCGUGCUGCCCGGCGACUUCCGCAAGCUGAGUCUGGAGAACCUGGACCUGUUCGGGAACCCGUUUAUCCAGCCCAACCCUUUGGACCACACAAUGCAGCUCACGUUCCCCCUUCCGCUUCAAGAGCUGGCUUCCAGAGCUGUGUCCAACCUCAGGAUACCGUACGGACCUCACCUCAUCCCCGCCCACUUGUGUCAGGACCUCGAAUUAGCCAAGACCUGCGACUGCGGCUGCGUCUGCAUCAACUUCUACAUCAGGACAGCGGUCAGCAUGAACCUGCACCAAGUGUCUCACACGGUGGUCCUGGUGGACGACAUGGGAGGCACGGACGCACCGGUGCAGCAGCACUUCUGUUCCCUCUCCUGCUACUCUGAAUUUUUAGACAACUCCCUCCAGAGAGGAAUCAGAUGAGCAGGAAGGGUGAGGGUGUCAAACUUGGUUUUACUGAAAACCCACCAACAGCUAGAAAUUGCUGUGGAUGCUGCAGUAGUGAGAUACUGUAGGAGGGUAUCUGAUGAGGAGGAGCCUACAGUAGUGGAUAUCUCAGUGGUGCAGUUUUCUGGUAAUGCCUUUGAAAUAAAAGGACACUGUUGACUCUGUUAAGCUUUGUUUUUAAAAGUGCUUCAAGCUGCCUGUUUCACCCUCACAUCCAACUCAUCAGUACCUUCAUGCCUGCUCUGCCUGUAUCUGCUGGGCACUGACUGUAUGUAAUAAUAGCAGGCAGCAACACUGACACAAAAUGACUCUGAUAUGUCGUCUUUUUCUGUUCUUCCUGCCUCUAACAGCAAAAUGCAGAUUCCCCUACUGACCUACUUCAGCUAGACAGGGGAAUAAAGACAUUAGGUCAAUUUCCUGAACACAGUGCCUCAGGGUCCAUAAGCAUCACCUAAAGGGAGUUACUUUUUACUGUGCUAAUGACCCACAACUUUUUUUUAUAUAUAUGUGAAAUAUUCAAUAAAAUAAAUGCAUUC